GUAUGUGACUGGUGUAAGCACAUAAGACACACAAAAGAGUAUCUGGAUUUUGGGGACGGGGAAAGACGGCUUCAGUUCUGCAGUGCAAAAUGUCUCAAUCAGUACAAAAUGGAUAUUUUCUACAAAGAGACGCAGGCCAAUCUUCCAGCUGGACUCUGCAGCACAUUACAUCCUCCAGUCGAAAAUAAAGCAGAAGGCACUGGGGUGCAGCUGCUGACUCCAGAUUCUUGGAAUAUACCGCUAGCAGAUGCUCGGAGAAAGGCUCCAUCCCCAGUGUCUGCAGCUGGCCAAAUUCAAGGUCCUGGACCAUCCGCAUCUACCACUGCCUCUCCGCCUGACACUGCCAACUGUUCUAUCACUAAAAUCCCAACGCCUGUUCCCAAACCUGUUUCCAUCACUGAGAAUCCAAAUAUUACACCAGUUUCUGUUCAGCCACCUGCUAGCAUUGUGCCUCCAAUUGGUGUCCCACCUCGAAGCCCUCCCAUGGUGAUGACAAACCGUGGACCGGUUCCCUUGCCCAUAUUCAUGGAGCAGCAAAUUUUGCAGCAAAUUCGCCCACCAUUUAUUCGAGGACCGCCUCAUCAUGCCUCAAAUCCAAAUAGUCCUCUGUCCAAUCCGAUGAUUCCUGGAAUUGGUCCACCACCAGGUGCUCCUAGAAAUCUGGGCCCCACCUCUAGUCCUAUGCACAGGCCAUUACUCUCCCCUCAUAUCCACCCGCCAACAACCCCCACAAUGCCUGGAAAUCCCCCUGGUUUACUGCCUCCUCCUCCUCCAGGAGUCCCCUUGCCCAGUCUUCCCUUCCCUCCUGUAAGCAUGAUGCCAAAUGGCCCUAUGCCUAUGCCACAGAUGAUGAACUUUGGCUUGCCAUCUCUUGCCCCAUUGGUGCCACCUCCAACCCUGUUAGUGCCAUAUCCUGUCAUUGUUCCUCUUCCAGUUCCUAUCCCUAUUCCAAUCCCUAUUCCCCAUAUCAAUGAUUCCAAGCCCCCAAAUGGCUUUUCCAGCAAUGGGGAAAGCUUCAUUCCAAGUACAUCCAGUGAUGCAACUGGGGCAAAGCCAACAAAUAACUCCAUGUCCCCCAGAGAUUCAAAACAAGGCCCUCCCAAGUCCUCUGACUCAGCACCAAGCUGCUCAGGCCAGUCUUUAAGUCAAACACAAGUGCAUCAGGAGCACAGUAAAAAUGAAGUUGUUGACUUGACUGUGAGACCUAGUAGUCCAGUGAACAAGAAAUUUGCUUUUCCUACAGUACUACAGGGACCACCACAGGAUGGCGUGAUAGACUUAACUGUAGGUCACAGGUCUAGACUACACAAUGUUAUCCACAGGGCUUUACACGCUCAAGUCAAAGUUGAACCUGAUGCUAGCAGUGUUGUAAACUUGGCUUUUGGUAGUUCAGAUAAAAGGAACUGCAACGACUGCAGGAACAAUUGCAGCCAUAUGGAAACAAAAACUUUACCUUGCAGUGACCCAGCUCACUCUGGUUCUGUCACACUGACUUCUAGUGUGCCGGAAAAUAGUGCAGCUGCAGUUUGCAAUGUCAUUGUGAAUGGCACAAAGGCCCCAGAGGCUUCUAAGAACUCAGAACAACCCCAAGAACAGAAGAAGCCUCAGCUUCUGGAGGAGUUGCCGGUGAGUGAGCUGGAGUCAGUGAAAGAAAACAACUGUACUUCGAACUGCCGCCGAGAAGGAGAGUCUGGUAAGAAAACUGGGGAAGAGCCCCUGUUUGGGAGUGACAAGCAAGAUCCCAACCUCAAUAAUCCAGCAGAUGAGGACCAUGCAUAUGCUUUGAGGAUGCUACCCAAAGCAGGCUGCGUCAUCCAGCCUGUGCCAAAACCAGCGGAAAAGACUGCUAUUGCACCGUGCAUUAUCUCAACGCCAAUUCUCAGCACGGGGCCAGAAGAUCUGGAGCCACCACUGAAAAGGAGGUGCCUCCGAAUUCGAAAUCAGAAUAAGUAAAGGAAUGCUCACUUUGACAGGGUACAUUGUAUGGAGAAAGGGAGCAGAGCAAACCACGCUACUUCACCAAACAACACCAGCUGGUCCACUCACUACACCUUCUGGUUUAAUGUCAAGAGAACAAAGCUAGAGGGAAGGCUCAAGACCCUUUGGUGCCUUUGGCUGAGAAGACUAUAAGCGUAUCAUGGACCCCAUGGAGUACGCUCAGCAUUCCGACCACCAUCUCCUCCUCUCCUUAGCCCUUUGGUUUCUUGCCGACAGAGGAUUUCCCUCUGCUUUCUAAGGCCACAUGGACCAAUGUAUGAACUCCCUCCCAGCACAACUGACUUCAAGGUUCAAAUGUUUGAGAUUGGACAAUGAAAUAGAUUUCUUUCGUCCUUAUUUUCAAAAACUGCUGUGGUUUUGCUGCUACACUAAGAAUUGUGAUUUGCAUUGUAUCGUUUUGGACCUAUUCUUUUUGAUUGGGGGUGGGACUGAAGGGGUUAUACUGGAGUACUGACACUUCAGAGUCAUCUCUAUCUCCUACCCAUAAUGCACUUUUAAAUGAAGAGUUAUUAGAAUAUUUUAUUGGCUAAUAUACCUUUUUUGUUGUUAUUUUUUACAAAGGCCACCUUUAUCCUUUUUAAUGCCAUAUUUUCAGUGUUAUACUUUUAUGGCUUUUAUUUUUUAUUAUUAUUAUUAUUUUGUAAUUUGACAGAUGUAAGAAGCAGCAUGAAUAGUUUAUACUGUGGUUUUUCAGAGACUAAAUGCCAAGAGAACUCAGUAAAUGUUUAUUCCUCUCUGCUUUCCUCUCUUUCAAUUCCCCUAAAUAGUACCCCAUUUGGGAACAGAGCAAGAGUGUUGAAGUAAAGACCAAAAAGAAAAAGAAAGAAAAAGGUUGUGGGGGGGGGGAAGGAUCCCCUGAAGGUGUAAAACUAUCUGGGGGAAAUAUUUGCUGGGUGUUAUGAAAGACUUGGAUGAAAUUUCAACCCUGAUGGUUUUUCAGUGAUCCAGGAAGCCAGUGAGACAAUCUCUCCAGAUGCAAAGCCCCUUUCAUGAUAAUUAGAAAGGUAUGGCCAAGCCAAUGAAAACACUGGGGUAAAGUGAGAAGAGAGCCCCCAUGAUUCCGUUUCACUGUUUGCUUUUUCCUGUCAUGGUUAAAAGAAAUGUGCAAUUCAAUCCUCAGUCAGUGGGUGGAGGAUAACAGGGUAGAAUUUACUUGUGUGCACUUGUAUAGUUGUAGCCAAGCGUCCAAACGUACACGAGAGCACGUAUGCCGGCACUGAUUGGGUUAAAAAAAAAAGUGGAAUAUCCCAUUCUGACAACAACAACAAAAUACUAAGGGAGAAAAAAUGGGGGGGGGUCGUAAAAAAUGUCUUCAAAUCACCUUGUGAUCCAGUGUAACUGUUUACUAACUUGAAUAAAGCAAUUGUUCACAUGAUGGUGUCCAGGGCACACCUUUACUAUAAGGCUAUUGUAAUUAGCAAACAGGGUGGGGGCUUGGAAAGGACAUCCUUCAAGGAUCUGCGAGCAGGGCUGUUGUCAUAAAAGCCCAUCGUAUUAGAGCCUUAUAGCGAUGGUGCACCAAGGGCACAAUGUACAUACUGUAUUUCUAUAUUUUCCUUUGUACAGUUUCACUUACGUCAAGCUACUGUUUUACAGGUGCUCCUUAUUUAUUAGGGCUGUGAAGGCUUGGAAGAUUACACCCAAUGAGCAAGCUCGCUUUUUAAAAAAAACCAAUAAAUAAAUGAAAAAUUAAAAGGGGGAGGGGAGGGAGGGCAUGGGUGGGUGUUGGGGGAAGGAUGAGCUUAGGAGCCCAUGGAGUGAUUUCAAAAUCUAACAGAGACAUGUGUCUAUGGGGGGAAAAAAAGGAAGCACUUCUCAUAUGCUUCUAGUUGUUCUGGGCUCACACCAUUUUUCUUUCUC